GCAUAAUUUUUCCCGAUCUUCUUCGAUUUCAGGUCGUUGAAUUUUCUUUUGGAUUUUCGAUUGGAAUUUGUUAAUCUAGCUUUUCGAUCAUGCUUCUUUCUCCGGGUCGUUCUCCCCGGCAUAUCUCAUCCCCUUCGCCGUCGACGGUUUCCGAGAAUUCGAUCGAGAAUCCGCGGAGUUCGUCUUCGAUUACGCCUCGGAGCUCUAGGAAACAUCCUGAGGUUCUUGAUGAGGAUACUUAUGUGGAAGCGAUUGAGAAGAUUAUUGAGCGUGAUUACUUUCCCGACAUUUCGAAACUCAGAGAUCGUAUGGAUUGGCUUGAAGCGAUUAAAAGUGGAGAUCCGAUUCUAAUUCGAGAUGCGCAGUUGAAGAUCAUGGAGCGUCGUGGUCAGAAGGUUAAACGUUUGAAUCCAGAUGGUAAGUCCCGAACACCUGGUUCCACUUUUAUGAGAAAUUUUACUCCGUUUGAUGAAUUUGAGGGCAAAACACCGAAAACCCCCAGCGUUGGUGGAAGUGGAAUUUCCGGUGAAACGGAGGAGGGUGAUUGUAACGGCAAGGUGAUGGAUGAAUCGCUGUCACUUGAUGAGUUUUUUAGGCAAUAUACGAGCGAGGAUAAUUUAAGUUUUUCAAAAAUACUGGACAAAGAUAAUAGGAAGAGGAAGGAGAGAUACGCGUAUUUGACGGAGGGUGAGAAGGAGGAUGUGAAAUCAAUUGAGGAUGUAAAGAGAGAUAGAAUAACUGAUGGUUAUGGGACCUCCGAUCAGCCACCGAGUACCUUGGAAGGAUGGAACUACACUGCAAAAAAUUUGUUGAUGUAUCAUCCUUCCGAUAGAGGUGAGGCUCCACUGACAGAUGAAGAAAGGGCUGUUAGAUUGAAGAGCUUAACCAAAGAAAUUAGCCGAGCAAGCACUCGGUUCCAUGGUAAAUUGAUCGAUGCGAGACCAAAAGACGAUGGUACAGUUGAAGUGCUCUAUACCCCUGUGGCUGGAACUACCCCACAUCCUGUGAUGGAUCGAGAUGGGGAUCGAUUGAAGAAGUACGAUUUGGGGGAUUUGAGGAAAACCCCAAAUCCAUUUUAUAUAGAAUCGGGGAAGAAGGCUGAGAAUGGCUACAGUUUUGUCCGUACACCGUCCCCUGCCCCUGGUGUUGAUGAAUCUCCAUUUAUUACAUGGGGUGAAAUUGAAGGUACGCCCUUAAGACUAGAUCCUGAGGAGACGCCUAUCGACAUCGGUGGUACUAUUGAUGGGCCACGAUUUAAUAUUCCAUGUCCACCUGCUCGAGAUCAGAAGGCUCAUUCACUCUCAAGGGAGGCUGCACGAAAGCUAAGGGAGAAAUCAAAGAUGUUUCAGAAGCCACCAUUGCCAUCACCUGUUAGAGGAGGAAGUGCUAGCCCAAGUGUUCGAAGGACGCUCUCUCCAGCCGCCCAGAAGUUUGUAAGGAAUGCAAUAGCCAAGUCGUCAUCUUCAUUUGAUGAAACCCUCCGUGCCAGUUACCGAGGUGGAAGCCCGAGUUCUGCAACGCCUAAAAGUGGGAGGAGUUUGUCUAGGUUUGCUAGAGAUGGGAGCUUUGGCUCAAGGUCACCUUCUGUUAAAGAAGAUUCUAAUCCUGCUUGGUGAUUUAAUUUUUUCCAAUCAAUAGAACUGCUUCAUGAAUUCUAACUAUUCUGUCU